GAAUCGAACCCAUGACCUCCCGAACACCGGGCGGGCGCUCUAUCCACUGAGCUACGAGAACUCGUGGAACUCGUUUCAGUGAUCUUCAGUCUCACACCGGUUACUUCUCACUUUUUGCCAGGGGUCCGGAGUGGGUCGGAGCCAAUAAGGACAAAAAGAGAUUGCGUGAUCCCCUUCAGCAGAAUAACAUAACUUGGCAUUUUUGCAGAAGCAAAUUGAGAUCGAUCCAAACUGCAAACGCAGGAUCUCUACGAGAAAACCGGAGGAGAACACAUUUGGAUGAAGGACUUGUCUGUUGCUGGAGAGUCUAGACUCUCAUGUGAAAGGCGUACACUCUAUCUGGAAUCCUUCAAGGCCACAGCCCAAUAAAGACACUUGGUGUUUGAAGGUUAAGCAGCUGAACAAAGAUUAUGGCUGCGGGGAUACGUUUCCUUUCUAAACCUUGGUGCUUCUUGAAUCAAGUCAGGACAAAUUUUAUCAGCGUGUCAAGUCGGGUUAUCCCGCCAUACCGGCACAGCAGCACUGCUUCAAAAGUGCUUCCAGCUAAGGAGGAGGCGAGGCUGGAAAAUUGGCGGCGGCGAGUUGAUUUAGCAGCCUCUUAUCGUAUCUUUGAAAGACUCAGCCUACAUGAAGGAGUAUGCAAUCAUUUGAGUAUGAUGGCUCCAGCGGCUAGUGGCGAAGGACAAGUGAUGCUCAUUGUGCCCUAUGGAUUGCACUGGAGUGAGGUUAAAGCGUCAUCAUUUGUUGGCCUGAACGAGAAGCGUGAAGUGGUUGAAGGGAAAGGUGAAGUGGAAACAUCUGCCUCUACUAUUCACACGGGAGUUCAUCAAGCUCGACCAGACGCGGUGUGUGCGUUUCACCUGCACCCGCCAUAUUCUACAGCCAUAGGAAGCUUGAAAAAUCCCAAACUUGAAAUGUACCACCAGAACUCUUGUCUAUUUUAUAACCGCAUCGCUUACGACCGAGAUUACAGCGGGCUCAGCACAGAUGAUGAAGAAGGCACGCGCAUAGCAAAGCAACUUGGAGACAAGUCAGUGUUGUUCAUGUGUAAUCAUGGGAUACUGGUGGUAGCACCCAAUGCUGCUAGAGCAUUUGAUGAUGUGUAUUACUUAGAGCGUGCUAGCAUGACACAGGUUCUCGCCAUGUCGACAGGAAAAGAACUGUUUGAAUUACCAGACGACCUUGCCAGGCUAUCACACCAACAGCUAGACGGCCCUGGCGAAAGAGAAAAGUUUUACAAUGCUCAUUUUGAAAGCAUAAAAAGAAUUCUCGCAAAAGAGUGUCCGGACUAUAUGGAAUGAACUGUUUGGAAGUGUAAACUUGAGCGAUCAUUUGGGAUCAACUCAGUUCUUCAACUAAGAUCCAGAAAUACUCAGCAAUGUGCAUCAACUCAUCAUGACAAACAAAGUCUUAUAGAGUCAACGCAGUUUCUUUUAAUAAUUGAUAUUUCUGUAUAAUUUUAAUUUUUCGAAAAUUUAAGGUGGCUCUGAACCCCAUGUACAGAAUGUUUUUAAAC